GCUAUUGUGGAAAUAUAUUGGCCAGAAAGUCAAGAAAAGUGAAGGUUCAAUCAACAUCACACCAGAAGCCAAAACUAAAUGUCAAUUCGAAUUUAUGUAUUUUUGUUAUUAUAAACGUCAACUCUCUUAUAGUCUAUGCUAAGUCACAAUAAAGAGACAUAACCACACUCGGGACCUCCCUCGCUGAUUAAACUUUUGCUUUAGCUAGCAAGUGUUCUUCAGGAAAGAUGCAGCCCAUCUUCAAUGCGAUCAUUCAGAACGACAUUCCAGCUUUUCUGGGGUUGGUGGAAGAGAAAGAAUCGUGGCUGGAGGAGAGAAACGUGGACCAAGACCACAGCACGGUGUUGCACAUGGCUGCGAAGCAUGGGCAUGGAGAACUUGUCUCCAAGAUUAUUGAGCUCAAACCUUCCCUCAUCUUUUCCCGCAACGCACACGGAAACACACCGUUGCAUCUCGCUGCUCUCCUCGGAGACGUGAACACAGUUAGGACGUUGUUAGAGUUUGGAUCGGCAAUGUGUUCCGCACGGAACAACAACUGCCAAACACCCCUCCAUUUAGUUUGCCGCAGCAUUUCCACGGAGUCUGCCAGAUUAUUUGCGGAAAAGACACAUUCUGUCAGCCUCGAUGAACUCAAAUUUUCCAUAUCAAGUGGAUCAACAUUUGUUACAAGGAUAGUGCUGGAGAGAUUCCCAUACCUAGCUAGGGAAUUAGCGUGGGUGGUGGAAGACUCGCUAACGACGCUAUUGCAUCACGCGUGUGAUAGAGGAAACCUUGAACUGAUAAGUAUAUUACUAGGGCUCGAUCAAGGAUUAGAAAAAGCUCGUAACACCAAUGGUUUAUCGCCUUUGCAUCUGGCGGUCCUGAGAGGCCCGGUUGUUGUCCUAGAAGAGUUCCUGGAAAAGGCUCCAUUGUCCUUCAGCUCUCUCACGCGAUCGAAGGAGACUGUCUUUCAUCUCGCUGCACGAAACAAAAACGUAGAUGCCUUCAUUUUCAUGGCAGAGAGACUGAGCAUUAGCAACCAAAACCUUAUGCGGGAAGUAGAUGUUAAUGGUAAUACGGUCUUACAUAUCGCGGUUUCCAUGUCUUGUGGUGCUCCGCUGCUACGAUACAUUGUUGGUAAGAAGAUAAUAGAUAUCAACUAUAAGAACAAUAUGGGUUUUACAGCUUUCGACCUUCUCCCUCAAGAAGCCGAAGACUUUGAGUUACUAUCAACCUUGCUGAGGUUGGAUACCAAGCUGGAUUCUGAUCAGAGCAUUGAAGAACAAGGUGAGCACUCUAAUCCAUACAAUAAACGAUCUCAAGAAGGCGUUAAAUCUUAAGGAGCUGUUCAUUUGCUCACCCAGAUGGAUCAUCUGGGUGAAGAUGCAAAUCGAUGUUCGUUUUUUGCAUUAUAAUGCUACAUCCAGAUGGAUCACCCAGCUGAAUUUUUAAAAACUCAUGUCAAAAUUCUCACCCAAAUGAAGGUGAGUCUUGAUGGUGCAUCUGGAUGCAGAUGCAUCUAGUUCAGUCCAAAAUGUUAAAUGACAAAAAUGACCUUUUAAAAUCAAAAUAUUAUUUUCAAACCCUAAAUUCUAUUUUUUGCAUAUAUAUUUUUCUGCUAUAACCAAAAAAUGCAUUUUCUCGCAAAAAUUGAAAAACACACUUUCCCGCCAAAACCGCAAGAUGUGUUUUUCGCAAAAAAACGUAAAACACACAUUUCCAUAAAACACAUUUUUCGGCCAAACCAGUAAAACCACACUUUUCGAUCAAAACCGAAAAAUCGCAUUUUCCCGUCAAAACCGAAAAAUUGCAUU